AGAGCCAUUUAUUCAAAAUGCCUACCGUCCCAUUUCCCAUCCUCCGUCUCCCAAACGCUAUUCUCCAAAGGUCUCUGCAACAAAUGAGCCCUAUUGGAUUAAUUUCACUAUCAGUGCUCUCAAACAACAUGAAGCAAAUCGUUACAAUGCCGAACAACAAAAGCCGGUUUGACGGUAGAAUAAGUACCACACUACCAAUUACUCUGCAUUUAAAUGUAGACAGAAAUUCUCGUCAUCAUUAUGUGGAAUAUGCAUUCCAGUUCAAUCAGUCGGUAUUAAGAAUACAAGACAUUCGCGGGCAAGAACCUGCAACUCUAACAAAGCCAGGCUUCACUGACAAACUUUGGAUUGAGCACGUUGCUGAGGUACUCUUUCAGAACAAGGGUGUAAUAUUGAGUUGUGAUGCACCAUUCAGAACAUAUAUUAAAGAACUUCUGAAAAACAUCAAUGUCACGUUGAUUGCAAUCAGGUCUUCUGGAUUUGAAGUUUGGAAGUUUUUUGAAUUAUUCCCUUCAUUGGAAAAAGUGACAUUUACCGAAGGCCCAAUUCCCUUAUCUGUCCUCUCCAGGAACUUGGACGGGCUUAAAGUCAAUACAAAAGACGUGCCACUAGACGAUGCAUUAACUUCGAACUCGUUGUCUUUUGCAAUGCACCGCAACAGUUUUACCAUGAAAGAAAUCAAUUUGUUUAUAAAACAAUGGAUCAGAGGAUGCAACCCACGCCUCGAGAUGUUCCAAAUACUUUUUAAUGAUAUCGAACGCCAUUUAGUCUUGGAGAAUGUCAUUUUCAAAGGAAUCAACUACAUCGAAAAACGGAAUAGGAUUGUACAAUGUCAGGAGAGAGAAGAGUAUCGAAUUGAGAGAUUUGAUGGAACAGAAGCUCUUGUAUGGUUUAAUCCAAAUAGAUUUCCAUUUCUAGAGAUGACUGUGAUGAUGAAUGAUGAUGAUGAUAAAUUAUUAGUCUGAAAAGUUUUUUUGUUGCUUUUUUAUGCAAUAAAGAUUCAAAACGUU